AUAUUUAUCAAUUAUAUUUGAAGAUAAGUCGUAAGUCACUUGUUUUCAGGAUUAUUACUUAUUAAAUUUUUGUGCCACCCAACUUGUCCAGUGACAACUUUACAAGUUUGACCCAUCACUAAACAAAUGGACAUAAGUCAAGGGCUACCUGACUUCCUGCCAAGACACUCGGAGCAAUUCAAGUCAUAAGAGAUCUCUUUGCUGAGAUUGUUAAAGUUGGGAAUGAGCUAACAGUUGUGCAUGUGCGCUCUUCAUUAAACCUUUAAAAAAAAAAAGCUAUUAUACAAAAGGAGCGAAGUUAUACCUGCUGUUUUUUUCUUCUUUUCACGGAUUUUGAUUUAUCUCUGAAAUGUUUUAAGUUUGCGCUAGGUGAAGAUGGAGGUCUAAAAGUCGACAGAUACAUGCGCACUUCUCUGCCAAACGUCUACGCAGCGGGAGAUAUCUGCACAACCUCAUGGGAGCCCAGCCCUGUUUGGCAGCAGAUGAGGCUGUGGACCCAGGCGCGCCAGAUGGGAUGGUACGCUGCAAAAUGCAUGGCGGCUGAUUCUUUAGGAGAACCGCUGGAAACGGAUUUCAGCUUUGAACUCUUUGCUCACUCUACAAAGUUUUUCAAUUACAAGGUGGUGCUGCUGGGAAAAUAUAAUGCGCAAGGCCUGGGUUUGGACCAUGAACUGAUGUUAAGGUGCACCAAAGGACAGGAAUACAUCAAAGUGGUGAUGCAGAAUGGGCGAAUGCUGGGAGCAGUGCUGAUAGGAGAAACGGAUUUGGAAGAAACCUUUGAAAACCUGAUUCUGAAUCAGAUGGAUCUCUCCCGCUAUGGCAAAGACCUUUUGGAUCCAAAUAUUGAUAUUGAGGAUUAUUUUGAUUAAACAUCGGGGGGGGGGGGGAUCUCAGGAAAAUGAUUUUCCUGAACUGGGAUGGACUUAGACUUGGCGUAAUCUCAAUUUCAAGGGCAUGCGGAAUCUGACAAAAGACGAAGAAACUCUUAUUUAAAAGUACCCCUUUAUCAUCCAAAAUAAUUUAUGGUAUGAAUGGUUUACAGUCUGGAAUAAAACAGCAACUUGAUUCUAGCUAAAUCAUGGCUGAUAUUUCCAAAUGCUGUAAUUUCUCCUCCUACCCCUCCCUUCCCCCCAAAGUUGAAAUGUAAAUGCAUCAUAUAACAUAUUUUUCGGAGUAUAAGACACACUCCCCUAUCCCUAAAAGAGGGUGAAAGUUUGGGUGCAUCAUAUACACAGAAUGUAGCCGCACCCACCGGCUGGCCACCACCCUUUGGCCUCUGCCGCCCAGCAAUUUGCCUCCUUGAACCAAACAGCAAACAGCCUGUUUCAGC